AUGGUGGUGAGUGCUGGCAUAUGGCACAACAUGGUGGUGAGUGCUGGCAUAUGGCACAACAUGGUGGUGAGUGCUGGCAUAUGGCACAACAUGGUGGUGAGUGCUGGCAUAUGGCACAACGUGGUGGUGAGUGCUGGCAUUUGGCACAACGUGGUGGUGAGUGCUGGCAUAUGGCACAACGUGGUGGUGAGUGCUGGCAUAUGGCACAACGUGGUGGUGAGUGCUGGCAUAUGGCACAACGUGGUGGUGAGUGCUGGCAUAUGGCACAACGUGGUGGUGAGUGCUGGCAUAUGGCACAACGUGGUGGUGAGUGCUGGCAUAUGGCACAACGUGGUGGUGAGUGCUGGCAUAUGGCACAACGUGGUGGUGAGUGCUGGCAUAUGGCACAACGUGGUGGUGAGUGCUGGCAUAUGGCACAACGUGGUGGUGAGUGCUGGCAUAUGGCACAACGUGGUGGUGAGUGCUGGCAUAUGGCACAACGUGGUGGUGAGUGCUGGCAUAUGGCACAACGUGGUGGUGAGUGCUGGCAUAUGGCACAACGUGGUGGUGAGUGCUGGCAUAUGGCACAACGUGGUGGUGAGUGCUGGCAUAUGGCACAACGUGGUGGUGAGUGCUGGCAUAUGGCACAACGUGGUGGUGAGUGCUGGCAUAUGGCACAACGUGGUGGUGAGUGCUGGCAUAUGGCACAACGUGGUGGUGAGUGCUGGCAUAUGGCACAACGUGGUGGUGAGUGCUGGCAUAUGGCACAACGUGGUGGUGAGUGCUGGCAUAUGGCACAACGUGGUGGUGAGUGCUGGCAUAUGGCACAACGUGGUGGUGAGUGCUGGCAUAUGGCACAACGUGGUGGUGAGUGCUGGCAUAUGGCACAACGUGGUGGUGAGUGCUGGCAUAUGGCACAACGUGGUGGUGAGUGCUGGCAUAUGGCACAACGUGGUGGUGAGUGCUGGCAUAUGGCACAACGUGGUGGUGAGUGCUGGCAUAUGGCACAACGUGGUGGUGAGUGCUGGCAUAUGGCACAACGUGGUGGUGAGUGCUGGCAUAUGGCACAACGUGGUGGUGAGUGCUGGCAUAUGGCACAACGUGGUGGUGAGUGCUGGCAUAUGGCACAACGUGGUGGUGAGUGCUGGCAUAUGGCACAACGUGGUGGUGAGUGCUGGCAUAUGGCACAACGUGGUGGUGAGUGCUGGCAUAUGGCACAACGUGGUGGUGAGUGCUGGCAUAUGGCACAACGUGGUGGUGAGUGCUGGCAUAUGGCACAACGUGGUGGUGAGUGCUGGCAUAUGGCACAACGUGGUGGUGAGUGCUGGCAUAUGGCACAACGUGGUGGUGAGUGCUGGCAUAUGGCACAACGUGGUGGUGAGUGCUGGCAUAUGGCACAACGUGGUGGUGAGUGCUGGCAUAUGGCACAACGUGGUGGUGAGUGCUGGCAUAUGGCACAACGUGGUGGUGAGUGCUGGCAUAUGGCACAACGUGGUGGUGAGUGCUGGCAUAUGGCACAACGUGGUGGUGAGUGCUGGCAUAUGGCACAACGUGGUGGUGAGUGCUGGCAUAUGGCACAACGUGGUGGUGAGUGCUGGCAUAUGGCACAACGUGGUGGUGAGUGCUGGCAUAUGGCACAACGUGGUGGUGAGUGCUGGCAUAUGGCACAACGUGGUGGUGAGUGCUGGCAUAUGGCACAACGUGGUGGUGAGUGCUGGCAUAUGGCACAACGUGGUGGUGAGUGCUGGCAUAUGGCACAACGUGGUGGUGAGUGCUGGCAUAUGGCACAACGUGGUGGUGAGUGCUGGCAUAUGGCACAACGUGGUGGUGAGUGCUGGCAUAUGGCACAACAUGGUGGUGAGUGCUGGCAUAUGGCACAACAUGGUGGUGAGUGCUGGCAUAUGGCACAACAUGGUGGUGAGUGCUGGCAUAUGGCACAACAUGGUGGUGAGUGCUGGCAUAUGGCACAACAUGGUGGUGAGUGCUGGCAUAUGGCACAACAUGGUGGUGAGUGCUGGCAUAUGGCACAACAUGGUGGUGAGUGCUGGCAUAUGGCACAACAUGGUGGUGAGUGCUGGCAUAUGGCACAACAUGGUGGUGAGUGCUGGCAUAUGGCACAACAUGGUGGUGAGUGCUGGCAUAUGGCACAACAUGGUGGUGAGUGCUGGCAUAUGGCACAACAUGGUGGUGAGUGCUGGCAUAUGGCACAACAUGGUGGUGAGUGCUGGCAUAUGGCACAACAUGGUGGUGAGUGCUGGCAUAUGGCACAACAUGGUGGUGAGUGCUGGCAUAUGGCACAACAUGGUGGUGAGUGCUGGCAUAUGGCACAACAUGGUGGUGAGUGCUGGCAUAUGGCACAACAUGGUGGUGAGUGCUGGCAUAUGGCACAACAUGGUGGUGAGUGCUGGCAUAUGGCACAACAUGGUGGUGAGUGCUGGCAUAUGGCACAACAUGGUGGUGAGUGCUGGCAUAUGGCACAACAUGGUGGUGAGUGCUGGCAUAUGGCACAACAUGGUGGUGAGUGCUGGCAUAUGGCACAACAUGGUGGUGAGUGCUGGCAUAUGGCACAACAUGGUGGUGAGUGCUGGCAUAUGGCACAACAUGGUGGUGAGUGCUGGCAUAUGGCACAACAUGGUGGUGAGUGCUGGCAUAUGGCACAACAUGGUGGUGAGUGUUGGCAUAUGGCACAACAUGGUGGUGAGUGCUGGCAUAUGGCACAACAUGGUGGUGAGUGCUGGCAUAUGGCACAACAUGGUGGUGAGUGCUGGAUGGCUAUCCUUUCAGCCUCACGUCACAUCAUUGUGCCUCACAUCUGCUCCCUCCUGCGAGCACAUGUGGCCUUCCAUCCCAUCUUCUCUCUGCCUGCCUCCUGCCCGCCUGCUGAGAGUGCUUUCCGCCGGCACAGUGGCGCAACAUCGUGCUGUCUCUUCUUCUCCUCUCCUCUCCCCCUUUCUCCAAACCACGCUUUUCCUUCCUCUCUACCCCGUCUUAUCCACCCUGUUCCCAUCGUUCCCUUCCCAUCUGAUCCGGUCCCACUCCCACUUAUGCAGCUGUCUCUGCUCGCUCUGCUGCUCCUAUCCUCUCCCCUCCAAGCGGUCCUCUUCCUUCCCCUCUACUCCCAGUCACCACCAGGCCUUAAGUCCCCCCCCAGGCCUCAAGGUUACAUCCGUGCAUCCGCUCUCCCCUCUCUUCAGUCACAUUCGCCCAGGAGACUCCUUACUAGCACUCGACCACACUCCGCUUUCCUCUCCUGCCGACUACACUCACCUCCUCUCCCAUCUCUCCCACCUCUCCCACCUCUCCUACCCUCUGCCUCCUUCGAUCCCUCCCUCACCUCCUUUCCGUGGGUAUUGCAUUUCCCACUCGGCCAAUCACAAGCUGCCACCUGGAUUCCUGACUCCUCCAGCCUUUCUAGCCAAUGGGAUCCGUCUGCAUGGCCCCAGUCCUUCCUCAUCACCAUCUGCUGCUCCUAGUGCAGUUUCAGCCCUCCCCCUACUCACCCUCCUCCUCCUCGACCUCUUCCUCCUUUUCCAGUUCCUCUCCUUCCUCCUCCACUUCCUCCGCUCCCUCCUCUCUAGUGUUUGUGGGAACCAUUGA